GUUCCGGGGGUCCCGGGGUUCCCGGGGGCCGAAGCGCGGGGAGCGCCCACGGUGGACGGCACUGGGCCGGCGACUGGGCCGCGAAGUGGCCGCGCCGCGCCCUGCCCGACCAGGCCCGGCCGACCCCCGCUCCCGGCCCCGGCUCCCGGCCCCGCCAGCAGCCGCGCCCCCAGCCCGAAAUAGCGCGGGGCGGGGCCGGCACCGCCAUGGCGAGGCAACCUGCAAAGACACUGUGGUACGACCGCCCGCGGUACGUCUACCUGGAGUUCUGUGUCGAGGACAGCACAGAUGUUAAAGUCGUCAUUGAGGACCAGCGGCUGGUGUUCAGUUGCAAAAAUGCAGAUGGCGUGGAGUUCUACAACGAGAUCAACCUGUAUGCCAGGGUCAUGUCCAAGGAUUCACAGGAGAAGCGCUCCGACCGCUCCAUCACGUGCUUUGUGAGGAAGUGGAAGGAGAAAGUGGCCUGGCCCCGCAUCACCAAAGAGAACAUCAAGCCAGCCUGGCUCUCCGUGGACUUUGACAACUGGCGAGACUGGGAAGGGGACGAGGAGGUGGAGAGGGCCAUGGUGGAGCAAUAUGCAGAGCUCCUGGAGAAGGUGACGGACAAAGGGCCCCCCCCGGGCAUGGACGACUUGGAUGACGACCUCUGAAGCCCGGGCUCCCGGGGACGCCGCGGCCGCAGGACGCCUCCCGGUGCGCCGGCAGCACGCACCGGCGAGCAGCGCGGGCAGGGCUCUCCGAGGAAGCGGAGCCGCCCCGGCCGGCUCCCCGCCGCGCGUAGCGGACCCCGACCCAGGGCGGCGGAAGCCGCCUGGUCUCCCCUGGUGCCGGUUACCCGCGUGGGGCACGGGGCAAUAAACGUGAGCUGCCGCCGC